AUGCAUGUCAACCAUUGUACUACUAUAAAAAGGCUGAUGGCAUCUGUAUAUUGCAGUUAUCUCUUUUUCAAAACACAAGUGGUUUCUUUGGAAUACCUAAGAGAUGGCUCAAACAGCAAAUCUUAUUGGACAGGUAGAGAUAAAUUCAGUGGUCAAAGAGGUGAUGUUGGAUCCACCAUUUGCUGGAACUUUACCAAUGAUGGGAAACCGCAAGCUUCAAAACAAAUAAUUGAAGCAGUAGACGAGAAAAACCACAAAAUAGUGUUCAAGGUAAUUGGAGGAGAAUUAGUUGAGAUAUACAAGACCUUCAAAAUAAUAUUUCAUGUUGAAGAAAAAGGUGGUAAAAGAUUUGCCAUUUACACCUAUGAGUUUGAGAAGCCAGAUACAGAUGUACCAUAUCCAACUUCGCUGAUGGACUUUAUGACUACUAUUCUCAAAGAGAUGGACGAGAAUGCCAGCCGUAAAUAGAUCCCUAAGUCCUUAAGCAUAUGAAGGAAUAUACGCAGUUACACAUGUGUGCCUUUAGUUAAUAAAAGUAUGAAGUAUUUAAUAAAUAAAAGUUUGGCAUGGAUGGCUGCUUCUCGCAUGUUUGUUGUAUUCGAGGUUUGAAACUACUCUAAUAAUAUGAUAUUAUGUACUAAUUCAGGAUUUCCUUCCUUUUUUUUCUUGUUUUAGUGGAGUUGCCACAAAAACCUUCUUAUUAGCAAAAAUAUUCGAUUUUAUAUUAAAUCUAUUUUUAUGUUCAUUAAUUAAGUGUGAGAGUCGUGUAUUAUAUGAGUUCAUUACACAUAAAAAUUUAAUAUCAAUAUAUAAACAUUAAAUAUUUUAUAAAGUAAUGUUUUACAUAACAG